CUACUCAUCAGACUUUUUCUUCUGCUCGGGUGCGUGUACAAUUCUCUCACAUAUUCGCUUCCAUCUUACUCACUCACUCACUCACUCACUCACAAGUACAAACGAUGGAUAGAUAUCAGAGGGUGGAAAAACCCAAGGCAGAUACUCCUAUUAACCAAAAUGAGAUCCGUAUUACUACUCAAGGAAGAAUGAGAAAUUAUAUCACCUAUGCUACCACUCUCUUUCAAGAGAAAGGAUCUGAUGAUAUUGUUCUCAAAGCAAUGGGACGUGCGAUAAAUAAGACUGUGAUGAUUACUGAGCUAAUAAAGAGAAGGAUUGUUGGUCUGCAUCAGAACACUCAAAUUGGAUCAACUGAUAUAACCGACACAUGGGAACCACUGGAAGAAGGCCUUCUUCCUUUGGAGACUACUCGUCAUGUUUCAAUGAUCACAAUUACGUUGUCAAAGAAAGAGCUGGAUACAUCCUCCACAGGAUAUCAACCCCCUCUUCCAGCUGAUCAAGUAAAACCUUUAAAUGAAUACGAAGAGGAAGGAGAAGGCUCGCCAAGGAUGCGAGGAAGGGGGCGUGGUCGUGGAAGGGGCAGGGGAAGAGGUAGAGGAAUGUACAAUAACGGUGGUAUGGAUGGUGAUGGUUGGGAUGGUGGGCGUGGUGGUGGCUAUGGUGGCAGAGGGCGUGGCCGUGCAUGGGGUCGUGCUUUCAGGGGACGAGGACGAGGCUUUGGUGCCCAGCCGGUUGGGUAUCAUGACAAUGGUGAAUAUGAUGCACCACCUGCCCCACGUGGCCGAGGUCGUGGAAGGGGAAGAGGUCGUGGACGUGAGGCUGGCCGUGGAGCAGCUGCUUGAUCACCUGGGUGUUGGUUGUCAUGUAUAUGGUCUUGUUAGAAGAGUUAUUUGUUAGAUUUGCAGUUAUUAUUUUUAUAUUAUUUCAAAUGCCCAGUGUUGCAGCCGUGUACCCGCAAUUUUGUUUUUGUAUUCUUUCUCAUGUAACAUCUAUAAUUUUAUGUUCGGCAGCUUGAGUUAGAGGUAGUGUCAAGUGUUAACGGUAGUGUUAACGUUCAGAAUGGUUCUGUCCAAAAGACGACAGUCGUGGUUGCAGUGGUAUGCAACUGUUUAGUUAUAGUUUCAGCUAUUUGUGUCCUAUUUACACACUUGAAUACCAAUUUGUUGUAAUUUGAUUUUACUCCACAAAUUAAAUUUAAUCUAAAUUUUUAAAUGUUUCUCCAA